AUGGCCGUGAUCAGGGGGAAAGGGGCUCUUUUGGGCAUGGUAGCGGAGGUGAACCAAGUCGCGCAGGGUGGGCGGCAAAACGUGGUCAUUGACUACACGCUGGCCGAUUAUGGGUGGUCGCCUGAAUGGCCUAGUGAGGCGACGUCCCUCCCGCCAUCAGCAAACGCUGUCCGGCCGGGCGAUAUUGUGUGCAAGCUGAAGAAUGCCGGGAGCCCGAUGAUCAUUCUACCACACGUGGAUUACUUCUCAGUUGUCAUGAUCACGGUUUCUCUUAAACGACCAUUACCCAAUGAGAAGCCGGCUGUUUGGAUGAUAAAGAGCUUUCUUCUUGUUUGGGACUGGACACAUGGCGCAUCAGGCCCCGAUACCAAGUUCGACGUUCUGGUUGCGCGUCAUGAUCUUGAUCACGGGCUCGAUGACCGGUUGAGGAGGGGGUUUGACAUGGCUUCCAUAUUCCUGGAGAAGCCAGCAACACUGGCAAGACCCGUAGAUUCACCCAAUCAUGUGAAGAUACAGGGGCUCCUUAGCGACGGGGUUAAGCUAGCUGAGAAAGAGUACGGGCGCAACGACCGGAAGACAGUGAACGUAAAGAUCAGGACUGCUCUGUAUGACUGGGACGUGAGGAAGUUGAGGGAGGUCAGAGCAAAGCUUCGACGAUUCAUAGAAAAGAGGCUGCGCGUUGAAGGCCUCUACCCCAACCUGAUGACGGACUGUGAAAGCUUGGCCAAGCUGUAUAGGAGAGAACUUGAGGUGAUUGAGGUGAAACACCAAAGGGGGGACCAGGAAAACCAUCACGCUUGUUCGUUGGAGGAGGAUGGUUUGCUUCUGGAUCACGGUAAUGUCGACACACUUGAUGUUACUGGCGAGACCCUUAGAGCAGUGACCAAGAUGGGGAAGCAUGGGCAAGCUAUUAUGGAUUUGCUUCUCGAGUUUGAUAGUGAACUGGAAGAGCUCGAGAAAAGCAGGUGGCGGCUUUGGCUCGGACGGAGCCGGCAUUGA